UGUGACACGGCUGAAAUGCGGAAGGAAGAGCCGUCCUCCUCAAACAUGUACACAAACUACCUGGAGCUUUAAGGACAAGCAAGAGACAGCUGAUUGACAUUAACGUCGACGUCAGCAGGACUUUACAACACAAACAUGAUGCUUACAGAGCUGUAGAGUUAUCGCAAAAGAGGACGCCAUCGUGUCCAAAUGAAGGCCUUGCUCAUCAGCACUGAGAGCGCCGAGGUCCUCUUCCACUGGACCGACCCAGAGUUCCAGCAAAACAUCCAGGAGCAGUAUGGCGCGUCCCAGGAAGAAGGCCAGGGGCUGCCAGCCUUUGAAGACAGCAUCAGCACCUUGUUUGCCCCCAUCAUCAUCUCCUGCAGCUCCAUGGUGGACAGGCUUGGGGACAGCUACACCUGCUUCACCACGGAGAACAACCACAUCUAUGUGCUCCACCAGUUUGACGAGUGUCUCUACAUCGCUGUGAACGGCGACGGGGAGGAGGAAGAGGAUGAUCUGAGGAGGAAGAUGUACGUGACCAAGAAGAUGAUCGAGGUGCUCUUUGGCAUGGUCACCCUCAGCGGCGGCCUGCUCAGGAGGGAGCUGCGCCCACAAAACACGGAGCAAAGAGGCCGUCUGUGGAAACACCUGCAAGGCCUGCUGGACACCUACAGCCACCUCAGAGAGAACGACCAGAGCUUCUUAGUGGAGGCAGUGGAGAGGCUGAUCCACCCCACGCUGUGUGAGCAGUGCAUCGAGUUCCUGGAGCGGCGUUUAGUCCAACAGCUUAACAGCAGUGUUGAGAGAGCUGGAGAGGAAGUGCAGCAUGCCUUCAUCUUGGUGCACACCAAACUGUUGGCCUUCUAUUCCAGUCGCAAUGCCAGCACACUUGCCACUUCAGACCUCUUGGCCCUCAUCAUCAUGGCACAGAAUAUGUAUCCUAGCAACAUGGACCUAGAUGAUCGUGGAUCUGAGGAUGUUGAAAGUACGAGCGGAUCCGGUCCAGAGAGCUUCUACACGCCCCAGCCUUCGCCUACAAACUCCAGUAGUUCAGAAAAACAAGUGAGACAAGAAGCUUCUGUGUUUGAGUUUUUGGAUCCAGACAUUCAGAUGGCAGAAGACAGCCUGCACACUCUGGACGUUCCUCCCCCUGACCCCUCCACACCCCGAAGGGUGUUUUUAGAAGUGGCCCACAAGGAAGGGCUGUAUCCCAUGAUGCCUCACUCCAUGUACUGUCUUCCACUGUGGCCUGGCAUCACACUGGUUUUGCUCUCUAAGGUGCGGAGAUGCGAUCUCGUUGCGUUCGCUCCCUGGCUCUGUCUGACGCCUUGUUUUUGUGAUAACCCUCGCCAGGUUCCCACCAGUGCCGUGGCCAUGUCUGUGUAUAUGUUCCUGGAGGCCUUUGCCAAGCUGGAGAAGCGUUUAAGUGAAGGCCUGGAAGGAUCCCCUGCUAUCAGGAGCCAACCAACAAUACAUGACAUUAGAAGCAAACUGGACAAGUUCAUCAAGGCUCUAGGCCCCAGUGAGAUUCAGUCUUCACAGUUACAAAAUGUCUGGAGCGAGUUUAAAAACCGAGCCUUUGCCCGAAGUGGACCUGGCUUCAACAAAGAUCUCAUCCCGUGGUGUAAGAAUAUGAAGACCCAACUGUGCGGCGUUUACCGCCAGUGCUUCCUUAGCAACUCCGGACCCGCCGAGGCAGCUCGGAGACUCUCGCCCGGUCUGCUGGAGCGAGCUCAGACUAUGUUGCAGGAGAAGCUGAUGGACUGGAAGGACUUUCUGCUGGUGAAAAGCAGGCGAAACAUCACCAUGGUGUCGUACCUGGAGGACUUCCCAGGCCUCAUCCACUUCAUCUGCGUGGACAGAUCCACUGGCCAGAUAAUCGCGCCUUCACUCAACGUCACAGAGCGUACAACAUCAGAGCUGGGCAAAGGAGCCGUGGCUCAGUUCAUCAAAAGCAAGGUGUGGAGGCUUGUGAGCACAUCGCGACGCUAUCUCCAAAAAGGUUAUUCCACUGUCACGUUGCGAGACGGAGACUUCUAUUUCUGCUACUUUCUGUGGUUUGAAAACGAAACUGGCUACAAAUUGGAGACAAUGGAAAUUCCUGUCCUACCUGAUGACUCAGCCCCCAUUGGAAUGAUCGCCUGGGACUACUACAGGAAGCUGCUGCGCUACUACAGUAAGAGCCACCAGGGCGAGGUGGUGAAGUGUUACGAACUGCUGACGGUCCACCUGAGCGUCAUCCCCACCGAGAUCAUCCUGCAGCACUGCAGACAGCUGGCCAGCAAGCUGUGGGAACCCUCUCGUAAUCCUCUCCUGUAGACACGCCCACCAGUAAUACACUUUCCUCCAAUGAUUUAUUUUGGACAUUUGUAUCUGCCACCAACAUUACUGACUUCACUACACACAUCUACUGUACUCUUACUAUCAUAUGAAUACCAUAUUAUGUUAGAUACACUUGUCCAGUGACAUUCAACACAUGUGCUUUAUCAACAAAUAAUAAUUCUAUUGAACAAUAUCUUUGUUAUUGCUGUAGAAUGCCCUGCCGUCAUCAAACUGUAAGCUGUUCGUAAUAUUUUUGGAUAACCAAAUUUAGCUCCAUAAGGCGGGUCAGGGGGUUCUGCAGCCUGCCACUACCGGAUCAACUGCCCUAUUUGCGCAUGUGCAGCGUAAACACGACUUGAACAAACUGUCGGAAAAUGGGAUUUUCCAGAGUCGUUUUAGGGAUUUUUGCUUCAAUUGACAAAAAAUGCAUUGAUUUUGUCAUGGUGAGAAUAGUUUAACGAGUUUGAUAAUCAGUGUUGGGUUGAUUACUGAAAACCA